AUGCAUACACUGCAUAAAAUCAGAAGUAGAUUGCAGGUUCUCAAAGAUCAUCCUAAACCGCUAAAAGGAAAUAACGAUUUGCUGUCCAUUACAAGACCGGAUAUUAUUUACAAGAUCCAUAAACUUUAUCUAGAGGCUGGUGCCGAUUUCAUCGAGACCAACACAUUUUCUGGCACUGUCAUCGCUCAAGCCGAUUAUGGAACGGAACAUCUCGUCCAUCAAAUUAAUUAUCAAUCAGCUGUUAUCGCUAAAAGAGCGUGCGAUGAUUUUGCGAAAAGCACGGGAAAACGAUGCUUCGUCUGCGGAGCAAUUGGGCCCACCAACAAAACACUAUCAAUAUCCCCAUCAGUCGAGAAGCCGGAAAUGCGGAAUAUCACAUUUCAAGAACUUGUUAAAGCCUACGGGGAUCAAGCUCGCUCUUUGUUAGAAGGAGGAGUGGACGUAUUGCUUGUGGAAACAGUGUUUGACACUGCUAACGCCAAGGCUGCGCUGUUUGCAAUUCGUGGAAUAUUCGAGAAUGAAGAUGUGAUGGAAGUACCAAUAUUUUUGUCUGGUACCAUUGUGGAUCUUUCCGGCAGGACCCUGUCAGGGCAAACAGGGGAGGCUUUUCUGAUAUCAACGAAACAGGGCCAAGCAACUGCAGUUGGUUUGAACUGCGCUCUCGGUGCUAAAGACAUGCGUCCAUUUAUUGAAGUGAUGUCAAACCAUUCUGAAGCCCUCAUUCUGUGCUAUCCCAAUGCAGGUGAGAAAUUCGCUAUUUACAAAUUACAAGUGCGAUACAAAUUUCCAUGUUGA